CGGCUGACAUUUGUUGUGCUUGUGCCCUCUUCUGCCUCCCUCAAUUCUGUGCAGACCGCUGACCAGCAGUAUAUGGAGGGCUUCACUGAGGAGCUGGAGGCCUUCAAGGAGCGCGUGCGAGGCCGGGCCAAGGCCCGCAUCGAGAGGGCCCUCAAAGAAUACGAAGAGGAAGAGCAGCAGAAGCGACUGGGGCCCGGCGGCCUGGACCCCGUGGAAGUGUACGAGUCGCUCCCGCCGGAACUUCAGAAGUGCUUUGAUGUGAAAGAUGUGCAGAUGCUCCAGGACAUCAUCAGUAAAAUGGAUCCCGCUGUGAGUCUCCUUGGUUUU